ACCACAGCUUCCUGCCACAGGCAGGCAGGCGCUGAGGAGAGGCGGGCGCGGAGCGAGGGGCAGGUAGGGCUGGGGCACAGGGUCUGUGUAGGGGUGGCUGGUGCCCCAGACUCCAGCCCAGGCCCUGGCCUGACCACCCUGGGGUCCAGGGUCUUCCAGAGCCAGCGCUGACGCCCGCUCAGCCCAGCGAGGGGAGGGGAUCCAGGGACCCCCCCGCCCUCCACCAGGCUCCCAGCCAGCGGCCGGUGCCCUUCCCGGCCUGGCCGUCACCCUGCUGCUCCGUGUGGAGGGGUGUGCAGUGAGCAGCUGGGCCUGGUCCAAGCAGAUGGAGGCGGUCAGCCUGGCUGUCUACGUGCUGGGGCCCCUGCUGCUGCCUCUCUUGGCCGUGUUGCUGAUGGCUCUGUGUGUGCGUUGCCGGGAGCUGCCAGACGCUGAGAGCCCCAUACUCCAUCACCCUCUGCCCUCGUCACCCUCUUUUCCUGCCUCACGGGCCCUCUCUUCCCCAGGCUCAUAUGACACGGCCGUCUCCGAUAGUUUGACCCCAAGUAGCAUCAUGAUCAAACUGCCUCCCACACUCGUCCCACGGCCAUCCGCCACUCCCUACCCGCUCCAGAGCCAGCCAGACCUGCUCCCCAUCCCAAGGUCCCCGCAGCCCCUCGGAGGCUCCCACCGUAUGGCGUCGUCCCGGCAGGACUCAGACAGUGCCAACAGCGUGGCCAGCUACGAGAACGAGGGUGUGACUGGGACCCCCGUGGCCCCGGCUGGGAGGCGGCUGAGACCCGUCCUGGGCUCCACUGACCCUGUGUCGUUACCCCCAGAGGCAGCCUGUGAGGAUGCGGACGAAGAUGACGAUGACUAUAACAACGAGGGCUACUUGGUGGUGCUUCCUGACAGGGACCCAGCCACCAGCACUGGCAACGCCGUCUCACCGGCUCCUGCGUCCAGCAAACCCGGCCUCCGAGACAGCGCCUUCUCCAUGGAGUCGGGGGAAGAUUACGUGAAUGUUCCUGAGAGUGAGGAGAGUGCCGACGCGUCUCUGAAUGGGAGCCGGGAAUAUGUGAACGUGUCCCAGGAGCUGCAGCCCGGGGCGAAAACCAAGCCUGACACCCAGAAUUCCCAGGAGGUGGAGGACGAGGAAGCUCCGGAUUACGAAAAUCUGUAGCUGAACUGAGGGCCUGCAUGCGGCCGUGCCUGUUCUGGGACCAGCCUCGCCUGGGAAUGCUGAGCUGGGCGGCUGGCGGUGGCUCUGCGGGGCCCCACUUGGCACCCUGCCCCGGCUGCGGCCUGACAAAAGCCUGAGAAUUUUCCCCCUAACUUAUUGUCACUUUGGGGUCCGGUCUCUGUGGCCCCUAAACUCUGCAUCUUCUGACACAGCCUGAGAAUGAACCACCCUGGCCCCAGCCCUGCUCUGUCAGAGAAUAAAGGCUGGUGCGGUCUGCAGUA